GGCCUCGGUGCUCCUGUGAGCUGCGGGCGGCGGCGGGGGGGCGGGGGGAGGAGUUGUGGACAUCCAUUUUUGGUUUCCUUUUUCCUCCUUUUUUUUGGCUUGUCCGGAAACGCAGAAGGUGAUCAUUGACUCAAUGAUGCAGACUCUUUCAGGGUUAGCUGGAGGUAGCUGCUCAACCGUGCAGUCUGAGUCCAGCCGGUGUGAAGAGGAGACCCCCUCACUUCUGUGGGGCAUGGACCCUGUGUUUCUAGCCUUUGCAAAACUCUACAUCAGAGAUAUCCUGGAUUUGAAGGAGUCCCAGCAGGUGCCAGGUAUAUUUUUGUACAACGGGCAUCCAAUAAAACAGGUAGAUAUCUUGGGAACGGUCAUUGGCACGAGAGAAAGAGAUGCUUUCUACAGUUAUGGAGUGGAUGACAGCACCGGAGUUAUAAACUGCAUCUGCUGGAAAAAGUUGGGUCAUACCGAGUCUUCACCAGCUGCUCCGACUGCAGCAAGAGCGUCAAGCCUAACCUCACAGCUGAAGAAGCUGCAAGAGACCAAUGACCAGAAAACAAAGAUAGAAAUCGGGGACGUCGUCCGCAUCAGAGGCUAUGUCCGCACGUACAGAGAAGAGCGAGAAGUUCAUGCCACUGCCUACUAUAAAGUGGAUGACCCGGUGUGGAACAUUCAAAUCGCAAGGAUGCUUGAGCUCCCCAACAUCUACAGGAAAGUUUAUGACCAGCCUUUUCGCAGCCCAGCCCUAGAGAAAGAAGAGGCGCUAAGCUGCAAUCCAGGUGCCCUGGACCUUGCCAGUCUCACACGUUUACUGAGUGAAAAAGUCAAAGAAUUCCUCAUGGAGAACAGAGUGCAAACGUUUUACCAGCAGGAGUUGGAAAUGGUGGAAUCUCUGCUGUCCCUUGCCAAUCAGCCCGUGACUCACAGCGCCUGCUCCGGCCAGGAGGAUUUUAAGAAUGACAUGACUUCCAAAGCCAUUCACAGUAUAUUUAAGAAUGCUGUACAGCUGCUGCAGGAAAAAGGAUUCAUUUUCCAGAAAGACGACGGCUUUCAAAAUCUGUUCUAUGUAACCAGAGAAGACAAAGGCCUGCACAGGAAGAUCCAUCAGAUCAUCCAGGAAGACUGCCAGAAACCCAACCAUAUGGAGAAGGGCUGCCACUUCCUGCACAUCUUGGCCUGCGCUCGUCUGAGCGUCUGCCCGGGCCUGAGUGAGGCCGUCCUGCGCCAAGUUCUGGAGCUCCUGGAGGACCAGAGUGACAUCAUCAGCACAAUGGAGCACUACUACAUAGCCUACUGAGCAGGGGUCCUCGGACAGCACGCCCGGACUGGCUGAGGGGAGAAGGCGAGGUGGUACUCGGACGGUCAAAUUGUGCAGGGGCGCCUACGCCUGGAAGCACCCACCUCAUCACAGACUAAAACAGCGUCCCUCGGGGAGUGGGAUUUGGCAUAAGUGCUGUUGACUGCCGUGUUUCCCAAGAAUACAGCAACUUUGAGCUCAGCCACCAGGUAGAAGAAAACCCUGCCUAUUGAUCCACUGGCUGCAUUGGCCAUCACUUGGGGCAGGAGAAGGGGGAGACAGGGUUGGUGGCUUUCUUGGUGUUGUAUGUGGCUUGAGGCACUAUCGUGCUGGAGGGGCACCCCAGGGUAAAGGCCAUGCACUGCAGGAGAUGCAGAACAUACAACCAGAUCACACCAUUCUAAAACUCUAAAACUUUGGGUUACCAGAAACAUUUCCCUGGGCCUCUGGAUGGCUGAGCACCAGUGAGUGGAGUAGCUCUCCCUGGAUGAGCAUCCCUCGCCUGUGGUUUCUGUGGCUCAGGGUCCAGUGGUAGGACCAGAGGCCCAAGUUCAGGCUGUUUGUAGACCUACCCAGAAACGGGAAUAAGCAUACAUCCACAGGAUGGCUCUGAGUUUGUCGUUCUCCUUGUUUUCCCUGUUCAUUGAAAGGCAUCUAAGUGCAGUUCUCCGCGCUUACAGAGGGGCAUGACUGAAUGUGUCAGUGCCCUUGAAGAUCACGAGGCUGGCAGCCAGUAGCCUGGCAGGCAGCAGACGUUAUUUUCAGGGUUGCUGCUGAGCGUGCAGGACGUGCUGACACCGUCCAGACAGAUGCUCGGUAUGUGCCCAGACAGGUGACGGAGUCGUGCUUCUGCUCGGAAUGACAAGUUAGAGGAAGAACAUCUGAGGUGUGGGGUAGGCUUGUUCUGACAGCAAAAGGACAACUCCAGCCAGCAAAAUAAAGCGUGGAGAAACAUUCGGAGUUAAUUACAGUCAUUUCACGGGAGGCACUGCCUUCGUCUGCCGUGUUUGCUCCUGAUGCAGUAAUCGCCUAGCGUUUCAGCUGUGGAGCACGCAGGCCCCGAGAACCGUUCCAGGCUGUGUGGAACGGAGUGGUUUUUACACUCCAAAGUUGCCUGCAGCACAGUAUGCUGGGCUGAGAGCUGGUAGGAACAGAUUGCUUUGUGUCACAGACUUUUAUUUUAAUUCUGCUUUUUGUUUUGCCAGAGGGCAUGUGUGCCUGCCAGAGAUGGGGAGAGGGAGAAAGCACCCCCCUCAGUAGGGUGUGGUCACAGCGCGAUCCCGUCUCCAUUUUCCCUCCGCAUCAGGAUCUUAGGCAUGCAUGCACAUGUGCCCAGUGUGCUUUUCAGGGUACCAGGGGCUGGGAUUUGGAUAUGCAGUUGGCUGUGCGGUCUCCCGCUGCCUUCAUCACCAGGCCACAGAGCCAGCCGUUUGUUUUAAUUUUUUUUUUUUUUUUAUGGAGUAUGAGAGAAAGAAACACCUUCCACAGGGUUUUGUCACACUGCUGUCCC